CUUGGCUGGGUUCUAGAUGGUCAGCACCGCCAGGUCGUCUUUGCCAGACAACUUGGAUCGUGGGCUGCUACGGAGGCGAGAGAUCGCUGGUCAGCAUGAGCAGCUCGAAUCUUCCUGGAGAGAUGCAGCUCGACGCCCCAGCAUCCGCCAAAGUCCACCUACGCACAGAAGUGAGACAGACAGUCCCAGGCGAUACCAGCGGAAGUAGUGGAGAAGACGAGUCAGUGCGCGGCCGAGUCGACACCUGCAAUAGCAGCAGCCCCAACGAAGGCUAUUGCACACCUCGAGCCAUCAGAUCCCCGCCAGCAGAAGACUCAAACUCUAAUCCGGAUCUUGGCUGGUCAAAAUUUCGACUGGAAGAUCCCCAAGAGCGCUCCGAAAGGAUCAGCGUGCCGCAAGAAUCAGACCCGAACAAAAGUGUGCAAGAUCCAGCGCCAUGUGCAACCAUGCAGCUUGAGACAAAGAGCUCCGCUGUCGCGACGCCUCCACGCUUCAUGCCGAUUCCGGCUGGAAUUGCGAGCCCUUCCGGCACCGGCGGCUCCUUCUGCCAACAGCAAGGUGAUCAAGCCGGCUCGCCUGCAGAGCUUGUGCCCAUUCCCGACCCACACGACGUUGCCAGUGCCCAGGAAGCGGGUCUCAAGGUCCCUGUCUCGCUGUCGAGAAAAGGCGACACGAAAAGACUACGUGGCAAGAGCAUUGUAGCGAGCGGUAAGACGAGAUGCUGCAGCAGAGAGCCUACCCCAGAGACGGAGCCGCUGUUGCGCCCAGAUGUGCUGGGACUCAUCUUGCUGGAGCUGAUACCGACACGAGAAGCGUUCCUGCAAAGCGAGGUCUUGGUUUAUGGCAAUUGGAUGGAUGUCUCCAAUCUGGACGAGAAACUCACACGUCACGCUUUGGCAUGGGAAGGUGUCGCCUUGACGCAAUGGCUGCUUCAGCUUCGGCUGUUAGACACCUCUUGGAAUCAAGCAAUCAAAAAUUCGUCUCUUUGGGUGCAGCUUGGAGAGGUGUUCUUUCAGUUCCCAGGCCCCCCAAUGCAGCCGACAGAACAGCCCUUUGAGCGAUUUUACAGCAAGCUACGCGAUAUCUGCGUGCCAUGUUACUUGAACGAUCGGAUCACAUCGUCAAAGGGGCGCAGAAGACCAUCAUUUGCGUUCGGAUGGGUGCCCAUGUGCAACAAUCACUCAUACAUUGUCAAGUCAGUGCAUAAUCCUCCCCGUCACCGCGCGCUUUGCUGGAAGUGCUUCGACGAGGGAGGCAAGAAUGCAAAUUGCGCUAUCGUCCAAACCGGGGAUGAUGAGGCAUUCGAAAAUGAAACAAAUCAAAUGGGUAAUGCAUGCGGGGCUUGUCGCAAGAAGGCUCUUGAAGAAGCCUUGAAUCGAAGCUGGAAGCACCUAGGCAUCCUACUUCGCGGCUCGUCCGCGCUCAUUCAUGCCCCUGCGAUGAGGUACAUUAAUUGGGGCGAUUGGUCUGCCAGCGAUGCUGCGGAAGAAGUUGCGUCGAACUAUUGGCUCUACUGCUACACGAGAUGGCCUGACUACUACGCAAGUACCCUUCAGUUGCUCAACGAGUCUGCGGUCAACGAACAGCGCAACAUUGUCCUGGCCUUUGUUGAAACCCGACCGGGCGAUGCCGGAGAUCUGUGGCACCUUUGGGAGCAUGCAUGGUUCGAAACGAAAGCUGUGCUGGCAAGGACAUCAAACUUUAGGUGGAUGCUUACAAGAAUCAGGCGCAUUGGUUUCUCGACUGUGUAUCACUCCUUGAUGGACCAGUACAGGAACAGCCUCGUAUUCACAGAGAAUGGCAGGUCGGCACGGUGCCCUUCCAUCGACGACAUGCAGCGGCUACUGUUUAGCGCUCUACCUCGUGAGCUGGACGAAGAGCAAGAGGAGCGCACGAUCCGCGAGUCUGUGUACGAAUAUCUUUCGCAAGUAGCGCGUGGUGGUAGGUCGAUCAUCAGCUCAUCCAGGCUAACAUCGACACGCAGCUGACGAAUCAUCUCUUCAUGCCGCAGGUAUCUGGAUGUCCGUUCGCGAAGCAGCUCUGCAACAAAAGAAUCACAAAGGAUGCUUGUCUGG